UAUCAAGCCGUGGAUAGACAGCAGAAGCAGAUUCAUCCCCGGCAACAAUGGCUGCGGACGAACCCAAGGGGGCAGUCACGGACUCUGUCCCGAUCAAGUACGAUGGAAAUGCGCCUCAGUCGGGAAACAGCUCGUCGUCAUCGCUGGAUCUCAAUCACCCUCGCGCCCGGGUGAAGGAUAUAAGCGACUGCGCUUUCGAGACUGUCGAGGACCCGAGAUAUUACAAGCCCAUCGAUUCGUAUGAGGGCAUUCACCGUUGGGACCCGGAUUUUGAGUGGACGGAAGAAGAAGAGAAGCGGGUUAUAAGAAAGAUCGAUUGGCGAGUAUGCACGUUCGCAUGCGUUACCUUUUUUGCGCUCCAGCUGGACCGGGGUAAUAUUGUCCAGGCCAUGUCCGACAAUAUGCUGGAUGAUCUAGGCAUGAAUACCAACGAUUAUAAUACGGGCCAGACGAUUUUCUACUUGAUUUUCCUGUUUGCGGAACUUCCAUCUCAGCUACUAUCGAAAAAAUUGGGACCCGAUCGAUGGAUCCCCAUCCAGAUGUUCUGCUGGAGUUUAAUUGCAGCCUGUCAAGCGUUCAUCAAGAAUAAGUCUGGAUAUUUCGUCUGCAGGGCACUUCUAGGACUAUUUGAGGGUGGAUUUAUCCCGGAUACAAUCUUGUUCCUUUCUUUCUGGUACAAGUCCAAGGAAUUGCCCAUCCGUUUGAGUUACUUCUGGGUAUCCUUUCAAGGUACUGCGAUCAUCGGUGCCUUCCUGGCAUUUGGAUUCCUUCACAUUCGCGAUGACGAUGGAAAGGGAGGAUGGCGGUAUCUCUUCGCCUAUGAGGGUCUCAUCACCGGUAUCAUCGCAAUUGUCGCGGCAUUCUGGAUGCCCGCCUCACCCACGCAGACCAAAGGUCGCUUCCGAGGCAAGGAUGGCUGGUUCAAUGAACACGAAGAGAAAAUCAUGGUCAAUCGCGUCCUUCGCGACGAUCCCAGCAAAGGAGGCAUGCACAACAGACAGGCAGUGACGCCGAAGAUGCUCUGGCAUGCCGUCUGCGACUACGACAUGUGGCCCAUUUAUCUCUUAGGACUGGUCUGGAUGAUCCCAAACACUCCAGCCACCAAUUAUAUCACACUGCAACUGAAGUCACUUGGAUUCGGAACUUUUGAGACCAGUCUUCUGACCAUCCCAGCAUAUGUCAUUUUUAUCCUCAACUUGCUUUUCUGGACAUGGAUCUCCGAGCGCUUCAAUCAGCGCUUCACGCUAGGCGUCAUGACGGAGGUGUGGUGCCUGGCUUUGCUCAUUGCACUCGAGGUUCUUCCCGAUGGAACCAGCCCCUGGGCUCUCUGGAUCAUCAACGUUCUGUUAAUAGGAGCGCCAUACGUGCAUGCUAUCGUCGUGGCGAUGACCUCCCGGAAUGCAGGCUCGGUCCGUACGCGAACGGUUGCCAGCGCUUUGUACAACAUGAUGGUUCAGGCAUCCAGUAUUAUCGCUGGUAAUAUUUAUCGCGAAGACGAUAAGCCUCAUUAUCGCACCGGAAACAAGGUCCUUAUCGCUUUGACGGCUUUCAGCAUAGUUCUUUUCAUUUUCGCAAGACAAUACUAUAUCUGGCGCAACAAGCAAAAAUCUGCGAUUUGGGAUGCCAUGUCCACAGAGGAGAGGGAACAAUACCUGGCUGAGAACUCCCAUAGAGGAAAUAAACGGCUUGAUUUCCGAUUUAUUUAUUAGACACUCAGCAAAGCAGAUGGGAACCAGCUGGCCAUGGCUUCCUUGAUGGCUUUUGCUCUAAUGCGAAAGAACAAUGCGGAGGAGGCGAACUCUUCCCGUAGCGAAAAUAGAAAAGUUUUGGGAAUGACAGGUGGACAAAAAGGUUUUAUGGCUCGGAUUUGGUACUGGUAUAGCGCUGAAGUGACAUGUAAUAGAGAUAGAUAAU